ACGCCUGUGUUCCUCUAUUUCCAGAUAAAUCUACGCCUCAUUCUUGUCAGUGGUAAGACAAAAGAGUUCCUAUUCAGUCCGAGCGACUCUGCGGGGGACAUAGCGCACCAUGUGUUUGAAAACUGGCCGGAAGACUGGGCGGAAGAGGCAGUCGCUAAAGCGGAGAUCCUGCGGUUAAUCUACCAGGGCCGUUUUCUGCACAGCAAUGUCACGCUCGGUGCUCUUGGGCUUCCUUUCGGGAAAACCACGGUGAUGCAUCUGGUCCCACGAGAGAACCUCCCCGAGCCUAAUUCUCAAGAUCAGAGGCAAAAAAGUAAAGGCGGCGGGAGUAGUUGCUGCUCAGCUUCCUGUUGCAUACUUUAAAGAAUACGUUGGCUGCCCUGGAUAUAUAUUUUGAGGUCGUUCCGUGCGAGAGCCAGCUACCACGUUCUUCAAGCUGAGCCAUGGUUUCUAAGGUUUCGAUGCUGGUGUAUCAUUGUUAGUGGCUGAGCAUCGUGCAGCUGUGUAGCAGAACGAAGUUUGUCGCACCCUUGUCGCCGAUUCACCGAAAUUACAUACACGGAAGAGAGAGAGAAAGAGAGAGAAAGAAACGGAGAGUCGAAACGACGCUGAAACGACGAGAGAGGAGCGUUGUUGUUCACCGUCCCAGGUGAAUAAAUCCCGUCGUCGCGGUAAACAUUAAAAAGGAGAAACGAAGAAAGAAAGAAAAAUAAUAAAUUAAAAUCCUCGAGAGGCCAGACUUCUACUUCGCGAAGGAAGUUCAAGCGUGGCCAAUGUUGCGAACAAUAUGACAAAAAGCUGUUUUUGUUCGUUAGUAACCCACGUGAAAUUGAUCGGUUACGUUACCAACUGAAAAUUUAUUUAUAAUCCACCUCGCGACAGAAGAUCGUCGCGAAGAACAAGUUUUUAGGGAUAUCUUGGACGAGACCCAGUUCUCGAAUAUAGAUAUUGGGGCGCGUAACCAGAAGCCGUUUAAUUCUCCACGAUCCAGAACGUCAAGAGGAAGUUAGCGAGCCUCGAGGAACCAUCGGCGAACAUCUGUUGGUUGAUUCGUUCGUCUUCUCUUGCAGUCUCUUCAUUAAUUGAACGUGUGAGAUUCUAACCAAGAUGGAGAAGAGAUUAAGACGCGAUUGGUAGAUUCCUCUCGAGAAGAAGGAGCGAAGAGCGAAAGCUUACUAGCGCUCUCUUCGAACGGCGCUACACGAUGCUUAGAAACUCAACUACUAUUCGACUAUACUGCAGCGUUAAAUAGUAAUUAUUAUUGUAGACAGGAUCCGUGUGCAUGUAUGUGUGUAUGUGUGUGUUACAUAUGAGUGACUGUGUUACGAUCGAUAGAGAGUGAGAGAGAGAGAGAGAAAGGAAAAGAGAGAACGAGAGAGAGAGAGAGAGAGAGAGAGAAAUUUAUGUUGUGAUAUGCAGGUAGUGAAUAUAAUUAUAUAUUAUACAUACUAUUAUUAAAAUUAUAUAUUAUAUAUAUAUAUAUAUAUGAAAUUAUAUAUAUAAAUAUAUAAUAGUAUGAGACAUGUUGACACGCAGUUAAAUCUCUCAUACACAGGAUAGACUUUAUUAUCAUGAAUUUAAAGUAAUAUUAUGACGCCACUUCGAGAGUUUAGUAUUCUGGAAUAAGAUUACAGAGAGGAAAAAAAAAGAAAAAGAACAUUGGAUCUCUAAUGGUAGUUAUGAUUAAAUAAAACACUCAAAUAUAUUUCCUGUUAGCUCCUUCUUUUCCAUCCCUCCGCCCUCUGUUGUUCCCUUCUCCCUCACGUACCCUUGUUCGUCCCUUUGUCCAUCCUCCCUCUUCCCUCCUUGUCCUUAUAAUUCUGUUUCCACCCGUCCAUUUUUUUAUCGAUCGGGCCUAGGAACGUAAUUCAUAGACCCAAACGAUCAAUUCAUGUUAUAGGUGAGAGAAUACCCAAUAUAUCGCGAGUAUUGAUUAUAGUUAGGUUCAACCAAACCAGUUUACGAUAAGUUGUAGCCUAUUCUAUACUCAACUAUACUACUGUAUAAUAUACUAUGACUCUUACCAAUGCAUAAUACGUGUAUAUAAUAUAUAUAUAUAAUGUUCUUAUGUAGUGAAAUUCAUCGUGAUGACAAAGCGAUGUGGGAUGUUUAUUUAAUUUAUUAUCAUAUGGAAAAUGGUCGACGGGCAAAUGUGUUCUUUUGCGCAUUCUUCGAGAUAUCGUCGGUUAUCUGCUUGACUCAUAAACCUGUGUACCAUAGAAAACAAUUAACCAUUGGCGCAUGUGUUUCUUGAUCAUAUUAUUAUAACUGUUUUUUCUGAAAGAGAGAGAGAGAGAGAGAGAGAGAGAGAAAAAAGAGAAAGAUAAUAACUCUAGAGAGAUUAAAAAUUAUGAAUCGAAUUGUUGUUAAUUCGAAAUGUUCCUUACUCGAUUUUCUUAUCGAAUCUUGUGAAAUUUAAAAAAAGAAAAGAAGAAGAAAGAUUUUUAUCGCGCUGUUGAGUGAUGACAAAUUGGAAAAUUGGAGAUAUAGCAAUCUCGAAAGGAGAUUUAAAAAAAUCGAUAUAAGUAUCGUCGUUAUUCCGUUUUUUUUUUUUUUUUUUUGUUAGGCUUUCUCAUAUAUAUAUGAGAUAUGUAAGCAUUAUAGUUUUUCAAUCUAUCGAAACACGCGCAUUUUCUUCGUGCGAAAAACGAUCCAACGAUCUGUAAAGAGAUUGGUAUGUUGAGUACAUGCAGAUACGAUUAUAGGUUUAUGGGGAUGGCUAGCACUAUGAUUUAGAUUGAUAAUAUUGAUCAAGGUGUCGCUGUUUUUCGUUUUCCGUUCCACAAUUUCUUUCCUAUUCUCUUUUUUCUUUUUUUGUACCUUUUCUUUUCUUCUUUCGAUUUAAGUAACUGUUAAGGCAUAGAUUAUCCGUACGAAUGCUGUUUAUAAAAGUAACAAAUUGUUUAGCGAGUAAGUUUGAAAAAGUUACGAAUAAACACAUCACAUGUACACAUACACACACAAAGCAAUUCAAAAAAGAAAGCACGAUGUCGAUCGUACACGACCUUUUUCAAGUUUAGUUAACGAGAUCGAUCGUAAAAAACACGAAUAGCAAUUGCGAAGCUAAAAUUCUCACACACAGACAAAAUCGAUGUUGCGUUCAUUAUUCGAUCACGAAGUAAAAGUCACGUAUAUACAGCAUAGAAAAACAAAAAAUGGAGGGGAAAAAGUUGCUCUGUAAUAAGCUUGUUGUAUAGUUCCUUUGACGUUACAAUAUUACUUUAAAGUCUCGCUAAAGAGGAAACGAAGCGUGUUCUCGUUCAAACACGAGAGAGAGAGAGAGAGAGAGAGAGAGAGAAAUGUGCAGAAAGGAAACAAACGAAACAUGGAGUUCUGUCGUCAAAGUUCGUAAAAGUAGAACUACCUUCCUUCUCUAGGAGGAGAAUCGUUCCGAAAUUUUACCUCGGCUAUCGUUAAGAACCAUUUUGUGCGUCCUGACACGAAUUAUGAAAAAUCGAGCGCGCGAUAUAUUCUUUGUAUCAGAAACAAAGUGUUCCGAUUAGAAAGAACAUUCAACGACGAACAGACAACCCAGCUUUUUCCACAGAAAAAAAAAAAAAAAAAAAAAAAAAAUAAAAUUAACCACCAUCAUCCACACACCAUCAAACAUCACUCCGUCUCUUUCUCUCUGUGUCUAAAUGUUAAUAUCCGUUGUUCUUGUUUUAUGUUCGUCGUACCUUGCAAAGAUGAUCUCACGCCGAUCGCGAUGAGAAUGACAAAGGGCGGAAGAAAAAGAAGGAAAAAAGAAAGAGAAAAGAAAAGAAACACACACACACGUAUCGCACCCACCGCCGUGAGCCGUAUCAAGUGCAGAAAAAAAAAAAAGAAAGAAAGAAGGGAAACGGAGAUGAAAUUACGAACGCCAUGGAACUUCCGAGAUGGGAUCGCGAGACGAGGGGAAUUAAUUUAACAAAAAGAAAAAAAAAAGGAAAACGAUAAAAAAAGAAAACAAACAAAGAAACUGUAAUAGUGUAUUAUAUAUAAAAACUAUACGCCUGACUCUAUUUGCUGUUUAAACGAGAAAGAUGAUAAAUGAAAAAUAAAAAUGGUAUUCUUAAAUACAAAAAAAAAAAGUAAUAACGAUAAUAUUAAUAAUAAUAAUAUUAAUAAUAAUAAUAAUAAUAAUAAUGGAUAAUGAAUAAUUAAUAAUAAUAAACAGUCUACGAGAAAUAUAACUUACACACACUUACAUCAUAUCAAAAUUUCUAGCGGUUAAGAAUCAAAUCAUAGAUUUAUUUCUACACAUGAACGCGUUUUUUCCGGUCGAAGUACGUGCGCAUAAUAUCAUCGUAUCGACACGCCCAUUUCAAUUCCUCAUCAACGGCAUCAAUGUGCAUCAUAAUCGAGUUAAAAACUAUUAAUUGUAACAGCUGGCGCCAGUUACGAUGCGAAUCGUGUCACAGACGAUCUCCUCGAUCCAUCGUUCUUUCACGUAAAAUGAGCUGAUUACAGGUUUUUAUUGCGUAACGUGAAAAGCGAGACCAGAGACUGGUGGGGGAGACUUGAAAAUUGUUGUUAUAAUCGUCGAAUCGAGUUCCACGAUGCACGAGCACACCGAGGCAUCGAGAAUCUGAAAUGUUCUUUCCUUUGUGUUCAAAGUAUACACACGAACGUACUGUGCAGAAGACGACGGAAAAUAAGAAGAAGAAGAAGAAGAAGAAGAAAAAGAAAGAGAGGUAGUUUCGUCGGAAAGGACGGAAUUUAAUAAACUGUUACACGGCCGACUGUGUACGGUCUCGAGAGGUAUUUUGCGAAUCGAAAGCCGUAGUCAAUUCAGUUUACCAUGAAAAAAGUUCAAUCAAACGCAUACAUUGGCAUUUCUCAUCUCUCAGAUAGAGCAUUGUUAUCGCUAGUCAGACAGAUUUUAUUGAUCGUGAGAGAGCAUAUUCGGCGGAUCAACGAAACGACGAUAAUAUAUUAAACACCAUGAAUAUUCCAGACGUUGUAAAGGAUAUUAUAAUUUUAUCGCUGUUUCCGGUAAACGUAAAAUAGAUCGAUUGUAAAAUGCAUCGAGUAAACGAAACAAAAUCAAAAAUAACAUUAACGAUCAUCACGUCCGCGACUAACGAAUGGGGAAUUUUAUCGAAGACGAAGGAAAAAAGGCGAGAGAAAAUAAAAUGAUCGAUAACGAAACGGAGCUUCGUUCAUGAGCAAACAUUCCAAAAAUUGAAAAAAGGAAGAAAGAAAAAAAAAAAAAAAAGAAUCGUGUCCCACCUUCGUGUUUAAAAAUGUGUCUCCUCGCCCGGCCCCCUUGCCCUCUUCCUCCCUGUUUUAAUAAAUUGACCCACUUAAGCCGUGUUAAAGAAGAAGAGAAAUCGUAUUAGAAAUUCCGUGUUAUUCGAUGUUGAAAAAUAAUCGUAGCAACGUUACGAUGCGAUCGUAUUCGACGAAACGGUUGUAAUUAAUGGCUGAGAAUAAUAAUUUAAACACGGGCGCGCCGUGUGCACACAAUCUUUCACGACACGUCGGGAUUCACGAUUUAACGACACGAGGAUUAAGAAAAAAAAAAAAAGAGAUAAAUAAAAAGAGAGGAGAAUAAGAGAAUAACGAAAUGUACAAAGCGAACUAUAUAAUUUUAUACGGAAAUCGGGUUGUAAUGAUUUUACUUGAGAUCCGUGAAACGUUAA